AUGAAUAUAAGGAACCUUUCAUUGAUAUUUCUUGGAACCAACACAGGAUAUGUAUAUAAAGUGAUUGUUCGUGAAAAUAACCAAUCCCAGAUUCUUGAAGAGUUGCCAAUGGAUCCCGGACGUCCAAUUCUGAAAGAAAUAUUCUUUAGCCGGAACCACCAAUAUCUUUAUUCGAUGUCCGAAGAAAAGGUUGGAAAGUGCACACGUAAGGAUAAAUGCUCUGCAUCUAAAGUGCAUCCCCACUGGGUUUCUGCAACUUCCGGAAUAUGUCUGAAAAUGGUUGAUGUUUUGCCUGAUAAACUAAGCCUAGAAAACAUCAAAGCAGACAAAGGAUUUGACCAGGUGCAAUUCAAAGUUGAUAAAGUAAAACUGCCAUCAUCGUUAGACAACAUUGGGUGUGUCUUCUCCUCUGACAAUGCUUUAGAAGAGACUCAAGCCUCAAUCCAACAGGAUGUCAUCAUUUGUCCCUUACCAAAUCACAAGAACUUACCGGAAAUACCAAACGAUAAUACAGACAUGAAUGUUGAGUUCCGUGUCGAUGGUCAGGCUAUUGUGAAACGAAGUGUAAAGAUUUUUGAUUGCAAGGUGCACACUACGUGCACAAAAUGUACAAAUAGUGAUUUCUCCUGCCAAUGGUGUCCUUACACUGGAACUUGUGUCGAUUCAUCAAGCAGUUCUUGUACAGACACUAACAAUGCACAAUCAACACCACAAAGUGACAUCCGAAAUCCGGACAAUUGCCCUCGUCUUGUCAAUCCAUCUUCAGAUAUUGUGGUACAUUCAGGUGAGAAGAAACAAGUCAAAGUGACUGUACUCAAUUUGGAACCUGACCAGAAACAAGGACUGAAGUGUGUUAAACUGGAACAAUUUUUUUUUUCUCUUUGCUUCUCCUUUCCUUUACUCACUCACCUUCUAUAUCUACUCUCUUUCUUUCCUCCCCUUAUCUUUUCUUCUUUCUUCCUUUCUCUGCCCUCCCACUUAGCUUUUCUUCUCUCUUCCUUUCUUCUCUUUUCUCUCUUCCAUUCUCUUUUUUCUUCUCUUUGCUUCCUCCUCCUCACUUUCUCUUUUCUUCUAACUUCAUUUCAUCAUUUAUCUUUUCUACUCUCUUUCUUUCUCUGUCUCUCUCUUUCUUCACUUUCUUUUUCUCACUUGUCUCUUCCUUUCUACUGCUCUCCUUUCUUUCUUUCCCCUCCCAUUCUCUUUCUUUCAAUCUUCUUUUCUUCCAUUCCUCCUCUCUUUCUAUCUCUUCUAUUCUCUCUCUCUCUUUUCUUUACCUUUAUCUCUUUUAUACACUUCCCUUUUCCAUUACUUUUAUUCUCUCUUACUGCGUUUCUUAUUUUCUCUUUCUUUCUCUCUCACUUUCUAUUUCUACAUCUCUCUUUUAUUCUCUUUCUUUCCACAUAUCUUUUAUUGUCUUUCUUUCCACAUCUCUCUUAUUCUCUCUUUCUUUCCACAUCUCUCUUAUUCUCUCUUUCUUUCUAUAUCUCUCUUAUUCUCUCUUUCUUUCUACAUCUCUUUUAUUCUCUCUUUCUUUCUACAUCUCUUUUAUUCUCUCUUUCUUUCUACAUCUCUUUUAUUCUCUUUCUUUCCAUAUCUCUCUUAUUCUCUCUUUAUUCUACAUCUCUUUUAUUCUCUCUUUCUUUCUAUAUCUCUUUUAUUCUCUUUCUUUCUAUAUCUCUUUUAUUCUCUCUUUCUUUCUACAUCUCUUUUAUUCUCUCUUUCUUUCUACAUCUCUCUUAUUCUCUCUUUCUUUCUACAUCUCUCUUAUUCUCUCUUUCUUUCUACAUCUCUCUUAUUCUCUCUUUCUUUCUACAUCUCUCUUAUUCUCUUUCAUUCUACAUCUCUCUUAUUCCCUCUUUCUUUCUACAUCUCUCUUAUUCUCUCUUUCCUUCUACAUCUCUCUUAUUCUCUCUUUCCUUCUACAUCUCUCUUAUUCUCUCUUUCUUUCUAUAUCUCUUAUUCUCUCUUUCUUUCUAUAUCUCUCUCAUUCUCUUUCAUUCUACAUCUCUCUUAUUCUCUCUUUCUUUCUAUAUCUCUCUUAUUCUCUCUUUCUUUCUACAUCUCUCUUAUUCUCUCUUUCUUUCUACAUCUCUCUUAUUCUCUCUUUCUUUCUACAUCUCUUUUAUUCUCUCUUUCUUUCUACAUCUCUCUUAUUCUCUUUCAUUCUACAUCUCUCUUAUUCUCUCUUUCAUUCUACAUCUCUCUUAUUCUCUCUUUCAUUCUACAUCUCUCUUAUUCUCUCUUUCUUUCUACAUCUCUCUUAUUCUCUCUUUCUUUCUAUAUCUCUCUUAUUCUCUCUUUCUUUCUACAUCUCUCUUAUUCUCUCUUUCUUUCUAUAUCUCUCUUAUUCUCUCUUUCUUUCUAUAUCUCUCUUAUUCUCUCUUUCUUUCUACAUCUCUUUUAUUCUCUCUUUCUUUCUAUAUCUCUCUUAUUCUCUUUCAUUCUACAUCUCUCUUAUUCUCUCUUUCUUUCUACAUCUCUCUUAUUCUCUCUUUCUUUCUACAUCUCUCUUAUUCUCUCUUUCUUUCUAUAUCUCUCUUAUUCUCUCUUUCUUUCUACAUCUCUUUUAUUCUCUCUUUCUUUCUAUAUCUCUCUUAUUCUCUCUUUCUUUCUACAUCUCUUUUAUUCUCUCUUUCUUUCUACAUCUCUCUUAUUCUCUUUCAUUCUACAUCUCUCUUAUUCUCUCUUUCUUUCUACAUCUCUCUUAUUCUCUCUUUCUUUCUACAUCUCUCUUAUUCUCUCUUUCUUUCUACAUCUCUCUUAUUCUCUCUUUCUUUCUACAUCUCUCUUAUUCUCUCUUUUCUUUUCAUCUCUUUAUUCUCUCUUUCUUUCUAUAUCUCUCUUAUUCUCUCUUUCUUUCUAUAUCUCUCUUAUUCUCUCUUUCUUUCUACAUCUCUCUUAUUCUCUCUUUCUUUCUACAUCUCUUUUAUUCUCUCUUUCUUUCUAUAUCUCUCUUAUUCUCUUUUCAUUCUACAUCUCUUUAUUCUCUCUUUCUUUCACAUCUCUUAUUCUCUCUUUCUUUCUACAUCUCUCUAUUCUCUCUUUCUUUUCUAUAUCUCUUUUCUCUUCUCUUUUCUUUCUAUAUCUCUCUAUUCUCUCUUUCUUUUUUCACAUCUCUUUUAUUCUCUUUUCUUUCUACAUCUCUCUUAUUCUCUCUUUCUUUCUACAUCUCUUUUAUUCUCUCUUUCUUUCUUUCAUCUCUCUUAUUCUCUUUCAUUCUACAUCUCUCUUAUUCUCUCUUUCUUUCUACAUCUCUCUUAUUCUCUCUUUCUUCCUAUAUCUCUCUUAUUCUCUCUUUCUUUCUACAUCUCUCUUAUUCUCUUUCUUUCUACAUCUCUCUUAUUCUCUCUUUCUUUCUACAUCUCUCUCAUUCUCUCUUUCUUUCUACAUCUCUCUUAUUGUCUUUCUUUCUACAUCUCUCUUAUUCUCUUUCUUUCUACAUCUCUCGUAUUCUCUCUUUCUUUCUACAUCUCUCGUAUUCUCUCUUUCUUUCUACAUCUCUCUUAUUGUCUUUCUUUCUACAUCUCUCUUAUUGUCUUUCUUUCUACAUCUCUCUUAUUCUCAUUCAUUCUACAUCUCUCUUAUUAUCUCUCUUAUUCUCUCUUUCUUUCUAUAUCUCUUUUAUUCUCUCUUUCUUUCUAUAUCUCUCUUAUUCUCUCUUUCUUUCUACAUCUCUCUUAUUCUCUCUUUCUUUCUACAUCUCUCUUAUUCCCUUUCAUUCUAUAUCUCUCUUAUUGUCUUUCUUUCUACAUCUCUCUUAUUCUCUCUUUCUUUCUACAUCUCUCUUUUUCUCUCUUUCUUUCUAUAUCUCUCUUAUUCUCUUUCAUUCUAUAUCUCUCUUAUUCUCUUUCAUUCUACAUCUCUCUCAUUCUCUCUUUCUUUCUACAUCUCUCUUAUUGUCUUUCUUUCUACAUCUCUCUUAUUGUCUUUCUUUCUACAUCUCUCGUAUUCUCUCUUUCUUUCUACAUCUCUCUUAUUGUCUUUCUUUCUACAUCUCUCUUAUUCUCUCUUUCUUUCUACAUCUCUCUUAUUGUCUUUCUUUCUACAUCUCUCUUAUUCUCUCUUUCUUUCUACAUCUCUCUUAUUCUCUCUUUCUUUCUAUAUCUCUUUUAUUCUCCCUUUCUUUCUAUAUCUCUUUUAUGCUCUCUUUCUUUCUACAUCUCCCUUUUAUUCUCUCUUUCUUUCUGUCUCUCUCUCUUUCUACAUCUUUUUUAUUCUUUCUUUAUCUCUCUUUCAUUUCCUCUUCCUUUCUACAUCUCUCUAUUAUUUUUUAUUAUGUCAUAUUCUUUUAUCACAUGGGGAAGCAAAAACCUGCAACUUGACAAUCCAGACAACAUCAAAGUGCGUGUUUAUAAAUGUCCUCUGAUGGUGACAAACUGUGGCAAGUGCCUAAGUAUGGACGAGGAAUACGACUGUGUGUGGUGUACAGGGACAUGUACCCUGUCUAAAAAGUGUACAGGAAAAUUCUUGAAACGAUCAGACACCUGCCCGAACCCAAGAAUACUCAGGUUCAGUCCUGGGACUGGUCCAAUUGGGGGUAAGACAGUUAUUUCAGUGACUGGUAUCAAUCUGGGGAAACGUAUAAAAGAUCUGAGUGGAGAAGUUACAGUUGCAGGCGUUGAUUGCAAAGUCCUAUCAACUGACUAUCAAAUAUCUUCUGGUUUUGAUUGUGAAACAGAUAUCCAAAAAUCCGCAGCCCGUGGAACUAUUCAAGUCACUGUGGCAGGCAAAUACCCAGCGGAAUCAGAUGGAAUUUUUGAAUUUGUGAAUCCUUCUCUGAAAGAUAUCACACCAAACAAAGGACCAAAAUCUGGAGGAACGCUGGUGAUUGUACAUGGGGAACAUAUGAAUACUGGCAGUAUGUGGAAUGUAACAGUAGGCAAUAACCCUUGUGCCAUUGUCAGACAUAAUGCGUCAAUUAUUGAAUGCAUCACAGCAGCUGAAGGGGCAGUCACUAGUGCCGAUGUACAGGUCAACUUUGGGGGUCUAUUGAAAAAAUUGGACAAGAAAUUUGAAUUUGAAGAGGACCCUACCAUAACAAUGGUUGAACCAAAACGAACAAUCUUAAGUGGAGGGACCACAUUGACUGUGACCGGAACAAACUUGGACCUCAUUCAAGAGCCAAAACUCUUUAUCAAAUAUAAUAACACCACUAAAGAAGCGGCAUGCAUGUCUAAGCAUCAAAAUUCUUUGGAAUGCAUAGUUCCUGCUGUUGACUUUGGCGAUGAACCGAUCUCUGUGACAAGCCCCAAAGAGGUUCAGUAUGGAUUCAUCAUGGAUGGAGUGAGUCAACUGAAGAACCUGUCUGACAGUCCACAGUUUCGUCCAUUACUCUACUUCCCUGAUCCUAUUGUGCGACCGUUUUCUGAAGAGAAAAACACAAAAAAAUAUGUGAAAGGAGAUAGGUUGGUUAUUGAGGGUCAGUUCCGCAGUAUCAACCAAUUGAUGACUGACGUCUAUAUUCAUGUUGGUAGCAGUUUGUGCACUGACCCCAUGCCUCACGACACUGCUUUGAUGUGCACCCCACCUACUUCACCCAGUGGGAUUGAUAAGGAAGGGAAUGCCCCAGUAAUGCUGAGCAUUGGAAAGUACCAAUGUGACAUUGGUUACCUGAGUUAUUAUGAAAUGCAAGAAGGUGAACGCCCAAUUGCUUUGGGUAUUAUUUUGGGUGUGGCCCUACCCAUGCUGACCAUCAUCAUCCUCCUGACCGUGUGUGUUGUUCGGCGCCAUAUGAAACAUGCUCCCAGUGAUAAUUACAUUCCCGACGUCCUCAAAGACUAUGAGGGUAAAAAAGAAGAAGAAGCAAUUGGUAUGAAUCACAUGCCAUCGGAGACUAUUGAUUCAACACAAUACAUCUCGGAAUUGGUCAGUGGUGUGACCGAUGAACAAGAACGACAACAAAUUAGUCAGUUACUAAUCACGCGGAGUAAACUGGAUGUUGGCGAACUUGUCGGGAAAGGUAAUUUUGGAGUCACCUACAAAGCACAAUACGUCAAAGUUGACAGUGAACCACCAUUGACAGUGGCUGUCAAAUCACUGCAAGGUACAAAUACUGACAAAAAAGCUUUGCUGAAAUAUCUGAAGAAUGGCCUGGUGCUCAAAGAGCUUCAACAUAAUCAUAUCAUUCCGAUUCUGGCUGUGUGUCUAUCGGUUAGUGAUGAUCCAGUCGUGGUUGUCCCAUACAUGGACACCCCUGACCUCCGGACACACAUCAGAGAUUCAUCAAAAUCAUUGGCAGUCAGUACAUUGCUGGACUAUGGUCAACAAAUCGCUGACGGUAUGGCUUACCUGGCAGAGUUAAAAGUCAUUCAUCAUAAUCUGGCUGCAAGGAACUGUCUAUUAUGCGAGGGCAAAACUGUAAAAGUGACCGACAUUGGCUUAACACAAGAACUAUUCAGCAAAGAUUAUUAUUUCACGGAAGAACACACAGCAAAACUACCGGUCAAGUGGAUGGCACCUGAAAGUCUUGAAAACUUUGUCUUUAGUAUUCAGAGUGAUGUCUGGUCCUAUGGAGUGUUGCUGUGGGAACUGAUGACCCGAGGGGUGACUCCUUACCCAGAUGUUGUGCCUUGGGACGUACACAGUUAUUUACAGAGUGGAAGACGCAUGCAGAAGCCCAAGUAUUGCCCAGAAUUCAUCUAUCAACUGAUGCUGAAAUGUUGGCAGCUGGAGCCUGAUGACCGACCUUCAUUCACAGAAAUUCUGGCCUCUUUGGACAAAGUAUCCCAAAACGAGAUUGGUGCUGAGGGGGAGGGUCAACCUCUUAACACCAAUGUUGAAUUUACUGGAUCUACCGAAUACCUGGAAGUCAUAGAAUAA